AUAAAUCCAUCCGAAACGUUAAAGAAAAAAAUCUCACAAAUAUCUUUACCGAUGAUGAAUCUUUGAACUGAAAAGAGACAGGAAAACAAUACAUCAAAUAUUUUCAACCAUAAUGGGAAGCUAACCGGUUACACUCCACAAGCGGCUUUUGUUUUAGGGUUUCUUUCUUGAAGGGUCCUGAAUCAAUUGUGUGGACUAGUUUCUCCUUAUCUCUUUUCCCCCUCUCACUCCAAUAUUAUGAUGAACCUUCACUUCCUUUUAAAAAUCCUUUAAAGAUCACACAAUCAAUACCAAGUUACACCUAAACGUUAUAAUUAAAGAAGCAAAAUAAGCUUAUAUAUAGAGAGAGAGAAACAAUGAAGGAAAGGUCAAAGGAUGAGGCAUUGAAGAAUUGGGAGAAGAAGAAGAAACCGUCUUCACCAAAACGAGAUGGGAAAUCUCUGAAAAGGAAGAGAGGAACGCUCUACAUUAUUGUGAAAUGUAUUACUCUGCUUCUUUGUUCGAACGAGUAAUCAUCAAUACACACAUUUGUAUGUCUAAAAUGAUGACACGUAGGCAUUAAAUGGAGACAUUUAUAGGUCACCAGCCACAUAUAUCUUCGCUUUACGGUGUUUCUUUCUCAAUCUAUGCAGGUGUUGUUGUUGUUAAUAUACAUUUCUCGAUAUUUUUCUUCUCAAAAAAAAAAUAUACAUAUAUGUACCCCGAUAUUUCUU